UUUACAGUUAUGACGGACACUAUCACCGAAAGUUGGUUGUAUUAUGUUUUUGUAGUCUUAAUGCUAAUACCUGUUUAUAUGCUGUUUAAACUUUUAAAGUUUUUCGGUUGGGAACUAUUUGUGAACAAUUAGCCAACAGCAUUAAGUACCUUCAUCCAUAACAAAAACUACAACAAAAUCAACAACAGCAUCACAUGUGUGCUGGCUCUUGCAAAAGCUUAAAAGGGGUAAAAAAACCAAAAUAAGAUUUCACCACUACAUAACAAAUAGGAAAAGCAUAGCUCAAGGACUACUGCACUACUACUCACAGGACAACAUCAUAAAAAAAGAGAAGAAAGCAAAACUUGGUAGAAUUUAUGAGUGGCAUACCAAAAAAACUUAUAAUAACUAGCGAACCCUUUUUAGUUGUUUUUGUUGUUGGCAUUUAAAACACAAAAAAUUCGAUAGCUAAAAAGCAAAAAAACAAAACAACCAAAAAAAAGUGACAUCAAAACUGACGGAAACUUUUUUGGGUAAAGGAACAAGUAAUACCACAACAAAGUCAUCGCCAUCAUCAUUAUUAUUAUAAUCACCAAAAAAAUAUAACAACAGCAGCAGUAGCUGAAGUAGCAACAAGAGAAAGAAGCACCUUAUUUUUUGUUCUCUUAUUUAUGUUUGCCUUUAAGGAUCCUAUUACAAAUUAA